AAAUUACUGACCACGUGUACCUUGUUGCGACUUGAAAAAUGCAUAAUUACACCAUAUUGAUAGUUUAAUUACAAGUUGCAAAACCCCCAGGUUCGCGAGCAAAACAAGAUGAAUUUUUAAAAAACAAUUAAAAUUUGACCUGCUAUAAAAGCAGCAAAUAAACGAUUUGCGACUCACAAACCUCCAACCAUGCACGGUUACCACAAGAACUUCUUCGAAACCAACUUUUUGAGUUUCAAAAUGUUCGGGAUUUGGGUCCCCAACAAUUUAUCAGUGGUGCAAAGGUCAUUGUAUGAUCUUUACAUUGUUACCCUUUUAGCCAUUGCUGGGUUAUAUUUUAUCUCCGAAAUAAUCGUCAUCAAAGACACACGCAAGAACUUAUUUGAUCUGCUCUCCAACAUUGGGAUGUUGGUCACCCACGUUGUGGGCGUCAGCAAGUUUGCGACCAUGUUUUUGAAACGGGAAAAGAUCGAGGGGAUGAUGAAGAAAUUGCAAAGCGACAGAUUCAAGUACGAGUCAGUCGGUGACUUCAAACCUUGCGAAAUUUUUAAUGCUAGCAAAGAAGUGUCUUCGAAGCACACUUGGAGCUUGAUUUGUGUUUAUGGAUUCGUCGGGAUUUCUGCACACUUUUCUGCGCUUAUUAGCAUGAGACAGGCCUCUUCUCAAGACUACAUUAAUUGCAAUGAUUAUGUUCCUUACUACGGUUAUGUCCCUUUCACCUUAGAUACCAUUGGGAAGUGCCAUUUCUUGUUUUUCUUUAUGGAUGUUCCCCUUGUCAUCUUUGCCCUUCAUAUUGCAGCAUUUGAUUCUUUGUUUGGAGCUAUUUCAAAUUGCCUUAAAUGCCAACUUUUGAUUGUCUCCGAAGCUUUCACUUCUAUCAGAAUACGUGUUCUGACAAAGUUAAAGCUACCUGAAACCUUUCAAACCUUCAGAGAUGAGGAACAUCCAAAAUUAGAGCAAGCUAUGUAUGAUGAAAUGAAACAUUGCACUCAACAUUUAGAAACCCUUAUAAGUGUCCACCAAGAUAUUGAAGAAAUGUUCACGUAUGUCAUACUAGCCCAAUCUCUAGUGUCACUAGUAGUAUAUGCUACAGGUUUAUACGUUGGUUCCUACAUACCACUUAUGUCUCCAGAAUUUUUUCCUCGAAUGUUGUAUUUUUUGGCUAUUCUCAUGCAGUUUGCGACCUAUUGUUGGUAUGGCAGUGAAAUUAUUUAUGCUGGAAGUAAUGUGGGCCCAUCAAUUUUUAACUGUGAUUGGACCAGUGCCAGUCAAAGAUUCAAGAAGGCAAUGAUAUUGAAUAUCAUAAGAAUGAGAUAUGGGUUAUAUUUUUCUAUUGGAAAAUUUACCCCUUUGACUGUUGCAACGUUGAUAGCCGUUUUACGAGGAUCUUUUUCAUACUUUGCUGUAUUUAAAAGUAUGGAGUAGUUCACGUCAUAGAUUUUUCAACAAUUUGUUCAUUAGCAGUCACAUUAUAUACUAUCUAUUUAUGAUCAAAGUUACACUUUAGUUAGAUUAUGAUAAAUUAAUGUAACACCAUUUAGUUUAGUGUUUAUCUAAAAUUUACCAUCUGGUUUUUACUCUAAUUAACAGAUGAAAACAUCAUAAAAGUGUCCUUGUAAAGAAUUUUUGAAAACAGUUGCAUUGUAAAGAAGAAAUAAAUAAAUUAUGUGUGAAUUUCAA